AACAGCCGUAACUACCCAAGGUUGCUGGCAAGCCCAAUGUCGCCGAUUCCGCAAAACUAUGUUGGCUAACACAUAUAAACAUGUCAACAACCACCUCGCCGCGCCUGGACUGCUCCCGCGCAUACAAUCCCAAUCCUGCCGCAGAGUCUCCUCGUCUGCUCUCCGCACACAGCUAAACCAGCUACCCCAACGCCGUCUUCCGCUCUUCUACGACUAUCUCACCCCGCAACAAUCGCAUCUCCUCAAUCUAUCUCUCGCCGGCUUCGUCCCUGCCACAGCAACCGUUAACAAUGCCAAAUCAUCUCCAACGACUGCAUCAACAACCCUCCCAUCCUCAACUUUGGACCCACCGCCUAUGCCUGCCGGUCAUCACCUAGUUUAUUUUCCACCACAGAUCCCCAUCUCCCAACUCUUACCAGACGGUACGGAUAGAUUACAUUCCCCAGGUUCACCCUUUAAUAGACGGAUGUGGGCCGGGGGUUGGGUGAGAUUGUGCAAAAAAAAUCACAAUAAUGAUUGUAAUACGGCUAGGUCUGGAAAGCAUAGACCGCUGCUACUCAGCGGGCGACGUGCUGUGUGCAUCGAAGGUAUUCGAGAUGUGUCCGUGAAGGGCAAGGAGGGGGAUGAGAAGGUGUUUGUGGGUGUUGAGAGGCGGAUGGCUGUUGUUGGGGAGGGGGAGGAUGAGGAGACGAUUAGAGGAAGGGUGUGGACUAAGGAUGAAGCAGAGUGGGGAGACGCGGCUGUGGUUGAGCGGAGGAAUUUGGUUUUUAUGAGGGAUAGGGCGGGGAUCUUGGACGGAGGCGUAAAUGAUACACGUUUUAGGAGGGUUGUAAAGGCACCAACCAACCCAGACUUUAGUCACCUUCUCAUCCCAUCACGGUCCCUUCUAUUCCGCUACUCAGCGCUCACCUUCAACGCGCACUCCAUCCACCUGGAUCCCAGCUACGCUCGAGAGGUCGAGGGAUAUCCGGACGUACUGGUUCACGGCCCGCUUACUCUCACUCUAAUGCUCACAGUUUUCCAGAACCACAUAUCUGAUGCAUCUGCUAGGCGGCCGGUAAUUGGAAGCAUUGAGUAUCGCAACCUGGCACCCCUGUUUGUGGAACAGGAGAUGAGGAUAUGUGCUAAGCGGAAAGGCAAUGGCGAGCGUGCUAGUGCUGGGGCGUGGGAUAUAUGGGUAGAGGGGCCUGAUGGAGGGCUCGCAGUUAAAGGAACUGUGCAUAUAUUGUACCAACAAUGA